AUGGACCUUGUACCUGUUGGUGAUCCAGUCCCAUCAGUUUCGAUCAACUCUACAGCCUCUCUGAUACAGCCCAUCAUGUACUUUGUGUCUUCUGCCUUUCUUCUCGGCUCAUUCGCUCUCCAAAGCGUCUUGGGCCGACCAGCCUUCGAUGAGAGGAGUCUCGUACAAGAGAGACAGUCUUCGGUCGACUCCUUUAUCAAGUCUGAGAGCUCAGUUGCCAUUGAGCAACUCCUCUGCAAUAUCGGCUCCGAUGGCUGCAACUCCAAGAAUGUAGCCACUGGUAUUGUCAUUGCCUCUCCAGACACACAGGAUCCUGACUACUUUUACACCUGGACUCGAGAUGCUGCUCUAGUCUUCAAGUACGUCGUCGAUAGGUUCAUCAACCAAUAUGAUGCUGGCUUGCAGAGGAAGGUCCAAGAGUAUAUCGCCUCCCAAGCCAAGCUCCAGGGUGUUUCCAACCCUUCUGGAUCGCUUUCGGAUGGCUCAGGUCUAGGAGAGGCCAAGUUCAACGUCGACAUGAGUGCCUUCACUGGCGGCUGGGGUCGACCUCAGCGAGAUGGUCCAGCUCUGCGUGCGACUGCUAUGAUCACCUAUGCCAACUGGCUGAUUGCCAACGGGUACACCUCCACAGCUAACGACAUCGUGUGGCCUGUUGUUCGCAACGAUCUCAACUACGUGGCUCAAUAUUGGAACCAAACCGGAUUUGACUUGUGGGAAGAGGUCAAGGGCAGUUCGUUCUUUACAACUGGUUCCCAGUAUCGAGCUCUCAUUGAAGGUGCCGCUCUGGCCAAGAAGCUCGGCAAGUCAGGAGACAACUACUCCAACAUCGCUCCCCAGGCUCUCUGCUUCUUGCAGACCUACUGGAUCUCCUCCGGCAAAUACGUCGACUCUAACAUCAAUGUCAACGAUGGCCGCACUGGCAAGGACGCCAACAGUAUUCUGUCGUCCAUCCACAAUUUCGACCCUGUUCUGAACUGCGAUCCCGCCACCUUCCAGCCAUGCAGCGACAAGGCCCUUGCCAACCACAAGGCGGUUACUGACUCUUUCCGCUCAUGGAACAUCAACAAGGGUAUCUCUCAAGGCUCAGCUGUCGCCGUUGGACGAUACGUCGAAGAUGUCUACUACAAUGGCAACCCCUGGUACCUCGCUACACUUGCGGCUGCAGAGCAACUCUACGAUGCCAUUUAUGUCUGGAAGCAGCAGGGAUCUAUCACCGUGUCGGACGUCUCCCUUUCGUUCUUCAAGGACCUCGUCUCUUCCAUCUCUACCGGAACCUACGCCAGCGACUCUGCCACCUUCAAGAGCAUCACUGACGCCGUCUCCAAGUAUGCUGAUGGGUAUGUUGCUAUCGUUGCAAAGUAUGUCGGCACAGAUGGCCACCUGGCAGAGCAGUUUGACAAGAAUGACGGCCAUCCUCUUUCUGCCACAGACUUGACUUGGUCAUAUGCCGCUUUCCUCUCAGCUGCUGAUCGUCGAGCUGGUGUUAUUCCUCCUUCUUGGGCUGGCAGCGUGGCUGCUGUUCCCAACCAAUGCGGUACCAAUACUGUUGCUGGCUCAUACUCAUCGGCCACUGCAACUUCGUUCCCGGCAUCGCAAACACCCAAGGGUGGUGUGCCCACUCCAACUGGCACCCAGACUUCCACUUCCACUUCCACUUCCAGCUCGUCCACUAGCACCAGUUGCCCUACUGCAACCUCUGUAGCUGUCACUUUCGAAGAGGUUGUCACCACCAACUUUGGUGAUACAAUCAAGAUCGUUGGCAACAUCGCUGCUCUCGGUAAUUGGGACACAUCAAAGGCUGUUGCCUUGAGCGCCUCGGACUAUACCUCCUCGAACCCUGUGUGGAAGACCACCAUUUCCCUAACUGCAGGACAGUCUAUCCAGUAUAAGUACAUUAACAUCAAAAAGGAUGGCUCUCUCACCUGGGAGAAGGACCCCAACCGUACCUACACUGUUCCCAAGACAUGCGCCACAAAGGCUACACAGUCUGACAAGUGGCAGUCUUAA